GAAGAAGGAGGAAGGGGGGGGCGCGAUGGCGGCUGAGGCGCUGCGCGGCUGCUGGAGGGGGUGCUGGGGGUGGAGAGGAGGCGCCGCGCUGCUGCUGCUCCUGCUGCUGCUGGCGCUGUGCCUGCAGCCCGCCCGGCCCCGCAGCCUCCGCUUCGUGACGCUGGUGUACCGGCACGGGGACCGCUCGCCCAUCAAGGCCUACCCGCGGGACCCCUUCCAGGAGGCCGCCUGGCCGCAGGGCUUCGGGCAGCUCACGCAGGUGGGGAUGCGGCAGCACUGGGAGCUGGGCCAGGCCCUGCGGCGGCGCUACCGAGGCUUCCUGGGCGCCGCGUACCGGCGGCAGGAGAUCUUCAUCCGCAGCACAGAUUACGAUCGGACGUUGAUGAGUGCGGAGGCCAAUCUGGCAGGCCUGUAUCCCCCAGAGAGACAACAGAUGUUCAACCCUAACAUUUCCUGGCAGCCGAUCCCUGUACACACAGUGCCAGAGUCUGGGGAAAGGCUACUGAAGUUCCCAUUGAGCCCCUGCCCACGGUACGAACAACUACAGAAUGAAACACGGCACUCAGCAGAAUACGUAAAUAAGACCAGAGACAAUUUGCAAUUCCUGCAGAUGGUGGCAAAUGAGACUGGGAUUCGGGAUGUCUCUCUGGAGACUGUCUGGAGUGUGUAUGACACACUGUUCUGUGAACAAGCACACAAAAUGGAUUUGCCACCAUGGGUGACGCCAGAUGUCAUGUCUCAGUUGAAGCAACUGAAAGACUUUGGUUUUGAAUUUCUGUUUGGAAUCCACCAUCGGGUAGAAAAAGCUCGUUUGCAAGGCGGGGUCCUGCUGGAUCACAUUAGGAAAAACCUAACCAAAGCAGCAAAUGCCUCUGCCCACCAGCACCUGAAACUUCUUGCCUAUUCAGCGCAUGACACCACACUUGUGGCACUGCAGAUGGCUCUAGAUGUCUACAACAAGAUUCAAGCACCAUACGCCUCAUGUCAUUUAUUUGAGCUGUACCAAGAGGAUGAUGGUGACUUCUCUGUGGAGAUGUUUUUCCGGAAUGAGAGCGGGAAGGAACCUUUCCCACUGACGAUCCCUGGCUGUCAGCACAAAUGUCCCCUGCAUAAAUUCUUGGAACUCACAGAUCCUGUUGUGCCUCAAAACUGGGAGCAAGAAUGUCAGGUAGCAAGCAGCAUGCAAGAGACAGGACUGUUUGUGGGUCUGGCUGUGUGUGGAUCCGUUCUCCUCCUCCUUAUAAUCCUCCUCUUGACUGUACUCCUUCGCGUACAGUCUCAGCCCCCUGGCUACCGGCACGUUUCCAAUGAGGGAGAAGAGCAGGCCUGACAGUUGCUUCACCUGCUUCCCAGGCAGUAGGGGGGAGCAGCGUUGCCCCUAAGGAUGAUCGGGCACCUUCAGUAACUGAACAUUCUUCUGCUUUGGCCAUUGCUUCCCAGAAUGAAGCUGAACUGUGAUUUUUUUGGACAUUUUCUAAAGGUGAUGACCCAGAGAGAGGACUGACCUACCCUAAUGGAAGUGAUGCAUUUUAAUUCUGAGAAACCAGGGUACUGUGUGGUGCCUCCAGCCCUCAUACAGUCAGCCUGGGAUUCUCACCAAGGCCAGUUAGAGCAGCUGCUCCUCAUGAAGAAUUUUCCUCCUUUCAAUGAUUGUAAAUGUUACCACUCACCCUUCCUGUGGCAGGGGGACUUGGGCCUCCAGAAGGUGCCACAUGGAGUACGAUUAAGAAUUACAUCUCUCUUCAGGGUCAUCCUGCUUUGUGUGCUUUUCUCUCACGUCCUUGGACUCAUGGUGGUGAGAGGGCUGGGCUUGGAGCAGAAGGCCCAGCUCCCCCAUGAUGCACAGACACUCAUCUGCUGACCAUGCAGAGGGAGCUGCUGCAGAGAUGGCAGGUGGUGAAAAGCAUUUCUUGAGGCUGCUGCUAAGUAGUGGUUCAUGGUCUCCUUUUCCCCUCAUCAAAGUGUAGUUCAAGAGAGAACUGGCCUGUAAUCAGGACAGGACUGCAAACCUGGCAGUGGUUUCUAGCAUUCAGCUCAAAGUAGGUUAUGUAUGAUCCACAGAGUAAAGAGUUUCGUAAAGGAGAUGAAUUCUUGUAGUCACAGUGCACCCCAUUUCUUGUGCAAUGGUGGCUCUAGAAAGGAGGAAGUCCUUGUAGAUAGGAAACGUUUUCUAUGUUUCUAAAGAUUCUUUCUAAAGAAUUCUAAAGUUUCUUUUCUAAAGAUUCAGUCUUUGAAUUUGCCCUCUGCACUUCAAGUACCUACUACAGGGGAGUAUCCUGUACUGCAGGCAGUCCAGAUUUCAGCUGGAGCCCAAGGAACAUGCCUUACUGGCAGAAAGUUUUUAUGCUAUAAUUAAAGAAACGUAGCAGAGCUGUUUACCUAAGACUAGACUGAAUGCCAACUUCCAAAGUUGUUUUUUUUUUUAUUUUCCCAUCCUCCCUACUGCACAGCCUUACCCAGAAAAAAAUGGAAAACAAACAAACAAAAAAAAUAAUAAGGAUCAGACUUUGCAAGUAAAUAUGGACCCCUUCAUCUGCCACUCUUCAGCAUUUUAUCCAAAAUGUGAUUUUCUCCCAGCAAGCUGGAUGGAAGCCACAAUCCUCUCUCACCUGUCCCCAUGAUACCGAGUUGACGAGACAAACAGUCUCUUCCUUGAUAGAACCAUCGGAUCAGAUUUGAAGUCCUUCAUUAGAUGAUAGGUGAAACCUUACCAUGUUUGGCUGGAUAGCAGGGAGUUUAGAAACUUUGUAUUACUUGGCCAGCUUCAUCUGUACCAAAAUACAGACUUGUAUCUCAAAGUGAGGGCAAGAUGACCCAGGCCUGCAGGAUGUGUCAGCAGAUUAGGUGAGGAAGUCAUGCUGUGCAGGUGUGCUUGGAUGUGUAACCGACUAUGCUCAGUGUGCAGGCCCAAGACGAGAGAACACAAUCAGAGAGAAGGAGAGGGCCUGAGCAUGUACAAGGGCUGGGCUCAACCAAGGGAUACAGUGAGGAAGUGUACUGACGACCACCAGACACCCACGGAGAGACCAUGAGUGGAAACAAAUGUGGAUGUGUCAGAGAACUUUAAAGAGUUUAAUGAGUUAUGGGAAAUAGUAUGACUAUGUUAGUAAUUGGAAACCUAAAGAAUGGUUAUAACUGUAUAUAACCCCUGAAAUGUGAACAAUUUGGAACACACACUAGGUGUUCCUAGUUCCUGAGAAUGCCUGCUCCCUAAAACUCCAAAUUGAGUCUUAGAGAGUUUCUUUGACUGACUUUCAUGCUAUCACCCAAGGACAGGGCCCAGCUCCACACCCCCCUCUGGGGGACACAGGGUUGGAAUCUCCCCAGGCUGAGGCCAGAAACACGGCCGCUGCUGCUCUGCCUCAUCUCUUGUCAUGGCUGUGCCUCAGUGCCACAGCCCAGGCUGCAGAAUGCUGAAAGUUCUGGAAAGUUCCUCUGGAGUCGGGGCUGGAGGGCUGCCCCUGCCCCUCUCAGCUCCUCCCUGCCCUGUCCCUGGGCUCUCCAGGAGCCACGGAGCCGAGCCUUGGUGCGGGUUCCUCCCCAGGGCGCGGGGGGCCGCCCCCUUCCCUCAGCUCGCCUCAGCCCGCGCCCUGCUCUGCCUGGCCGUUAGCAGCCGCCAUGGCAGCAGCAGCGCCUGGGAGCGUUGGGAAGCCGGCUGCAACUGGCUGCAACCCGCUGGAACCCGCUGGAACCGGCUGGAACCAGCUGGAACCAGCUGCAACCAGCACCAGGCUGCCCGGCUGUGUUCUCCAUCUUGUCUCGCUCUGUGCCCAGUGCCCGGGCGUUGUGCUUGUCGCCGCUCAAAGCCUUCGCUUCUUUGGCUUGCCUGUCCUCCUGUGCCCUCGGCAGGACUGAGGCAUUCCCCCUUGGCUUUCACAGCCCUCCUCCUGCCCAACACGCCCAUGCUGGCAAGAGAUUUCCUGAGGUCUUGUCCUGGAAUCCCUCAGAGAUUUCCGUGCCCUUGGGCUCAGCCAUGUCCAGAUCUGGAAACGGGGGGUGCUGGCCUUUGUUCGGCUGUGCCAAAAUGCCAGCCGAGUGCUCCUGGGACUAGUUUGGGUGGUUAUUUUCUGAGUUUGAGGAAGAACGUGAGGGGAAGAAGAGCGGGAAUGGCGGCACCAAGGACUUUGGUUCUUCAGCUGCUUCUCUGUUAAAUGUGGCAGCUCCCAGCAGUGUCUCUGUGUGGAAGAACGAUGGGGGAAUUGACAGACUGCUUUGAGUUCAGAAGCGGACAACUUCUGAUGGAGUGCCACUGCAACAGCCCGGUCUUCAUGAGGGUGGCCAUCUCAGUUUGCUUUAGUUGUUGUAAAUAAAUAUCUGGUUUUACA